AUGUAUCGUCUCCUUCGAACGAACUCUAAGCUUGGGUCGCAUUCCAAUGUCCAAGGGAUUCAAUGUAGACGUGCAAGCCACACAGAGUCAUGCCGGAAUACAGGUGGCGCUUUGAAGGGUGUUCGGAUAUUGGAUUUGACGAGAGUACUAGCAGGUCCCUUCUGUACACAGAUUCUAGCGGACUACGGUGCAGACGUGAUCAAGGUUGAGAAUCCAAAUGGUGGAGAUGAUACACGCCUAUGGCGUGAAUCUGGCGAAGAGAAGUUCUGGAAAUCAGAUUGUACAAAUACGUCACUCUAUUUCAAUACGAUAAAUCGGAACAAAAGAUCAAUCUCCCUGAAUCUAAAGCAAGAAAAGGGGAAGGAUAUUGCACUAGAGCUUGCCAAGAAGGCCGAUGUUGUCGUGGAAAAUUUCAUUCCCGGGAAGCUGGACAAACUAGGACUGGGGUUUGAGACCCUAAAGGAGGUGAACCCAUCAAUCAUUUUAGCAAGUAUAUCUGGGUAUGGUGGGAGUGGCCCAUACGCACAGCGUGCAGGUUACGACGUCAUCGGAGCCGCGGAAGGCGGCUUGCUUCAUAUCACUGGCGAAGCGGAUGGGCCUCCUACCAAGCCAGGUGUUGGCUUGAUGGACAUGUGCACAGGUCUGUACCUUCAUGGCGCAAUCCUGUCUGCCCUGUUUGCACGGGAAAAAACCGGGCUCGGGCAGCACAUUGAUACAUCCUUGUUUGAAACGACAGUUUCAAUAAUGUGCAAUGUAGGCAUGUCUUGGAUGAACCUUGGCAAGGAAGCUCAGCGCUGGGGGACGGGACAUCCUUCAAUCGUUCCUUACGAGGCUUUCAGGACCAAAGACUCUUAUCUAGUAAUUGGCGCCGUGAAUGACAAACAGUUCAAGAACUUGUGCGCACGAAUCGGAAAGUCUGAGUUAGGGAAUGACUCUCGCUUUAUUGAUAAUAAAAACAGAGUUCAGAACCGUCAUGGCUUGAAGCAGAUACUUGAUGAGGCGUUCGCGACAAAGACAACAGAGGACUGGGAGAAGGUCUUUGAAGGCAGCGGCAUGCCCUAUGGGCCUAUCAAUUCUUUGGAAAAGGUCUUUUCACAUCCACAGGCCAUCGCUAGGAAAAUGAUCGAAACAAUCAAGAACCCUGCAUCUGUCUCUGGGGAUAUCCAAGUAAUCGGUGAGUGCAUAUCUGGCUCGGAAGUCGCCUAG